UAGCUUAGCUGCUCGGGCGAAACGACAAAACCCGGGUAAUUUUCACCUUCUUUCUCCGCUUUUGGUGCCGAAUCAGCUGCGUCUCCGACAGCGUGGAGAAACUGCUUCCGGCUUCACUUGUUCCCGUCUUUAUUCAGACAACCAGCUAAACGCCUGUUAUUGUGAUCGACAUGGCGAGUCGAAAGCGACCCAUGGGGCCAGCUGCUAGCUCGGAUGAGGAGUUCAAAACCCCGGAGAAGGGAGUGUCAGUGGUCCGAGGCUCGCCUCCGGACUCCGGCUUCAUGCGGUGGGGAGUCGAGGAAACCUGCCAGUACCUGCAAAGAGAAGGACUUGAAGAGUGGACGGAUAAGUUCAGAGCUGAGAAGAUUACAGGUGUGGGACUGAGAUACCUCAGGGAUGAAGACCUGGAAAAGAUUGGCAUAAAGUGUCUCGGUGACCGUCUACAGAUUCUGCACAGCCUCAGGAAACUGUGGCAGAUUGAAGCUGAGCCCAGCAAGGUCUUCAAUGAUCCCAUCCACGGCCACGUGGAGCUGCACCCACUUCUCAUUAAGAUCAUCGACACGCCUCAGUUUCAACGACUUCGAAACAUCAAGCAGCUUGGAGGGACGUAUUACGUUUUUCCUGGAGCCUCCCACAACCGCUUUGAACACAGCAUUGGGGUUGGCUACUUGGCCGGACGACUUGUUCAAGCUCUCAACGAGAAGCAGCCAGAGCUCCUCAUCUCUCGCAGGGACAUUCUUUGCGUGCAGAUCGCUGGACUCUGCCAUGACCUCGGACAUGGACCUUUUUCACAUAUGUUCGAUGGCAUGUUUAUACCCAAAGCACGUCCAGGAAUUAACUGGAAGCACGAGGCUGCCUCUCUAAAAAUGUUUGACUACCUUGUGGAUGACAACCACCUGAGACCGGUCAUGGAGGAGCACGGUCUGGUGCUGCCAGAGGACCUGGACUUUAUCAAGGAGCAGAUCGCAGGACCGACAGAGAGCAGCUCAGGUCGAGGAGAGAAGUGGCCGUACAAAGGCCGUUCUAAAGACAAGUCCUUCCUCUAUGAGAUUGUCGCCAACAAGAGGAAUGGAAUUGAUGUGGAUAAAUGGGAUUAUUUCGCAAGGGAUUGCUAUCAUUUAGGCAUCCAGAACAAUUUUGAUUAUCGUCGCUUCCUAAAAUUUGCAAGGGUCUGUGAAGUGGAUGGGCAGAAGCACAUCUGCACAAGAGACAAGGAGGUGGGGAAUCUGUAUGACAUGUUCCACACUAGGAACUGUCUCCACAGAAGAGCCUACCAGCACAAAGUGGGCAACAUCAUCGAGACGAUGAUCACAGAAGCAUUUUUAAAAGCAGAUCCGCACAUCCACGUUGAAGGUUCUCAGGGGAAAAUCUUCACUCUGUCCACAGCCAUUGAUGACAUGGUGGCCUACACAAAGCUGACAGAUAAUGUGUUUGAACAGAUCCUGAACUCAUCCUCUCCGGAGCUUGCAGAAGCUAAGCUGAUACUGCACAAAAUCAUCUGCCGGAAACUGUACAAGUGUCUGGGGCAAACCCAGCCAGACAAAGCCUUGACCGUCACUCAGGAAAAUAUUCACAGCUGGGAGGCAGAUUUGGCUCAGUCCAUCCCCCACAGUGGCUCUCAUGAUGUUGAUCUUCAGCCAGAGGACUUUGUUGUCACCGUUAUCAUGAUGGACUAUGGGAUGAAGGAAAAGAACCCCAUCAAUAACGUUCGUUUUUACUGCAAGGAUGACCCAACAAAAGCCAUAAAAAUCAAUAAAAACCAGGUAUCUAAACUUCUCCCAGAGCACUUUGCUGAACAGCUGGUCAGGGUGUACUGUAAGAAGACAGAUGAGAGAACCCUGGAGGCCGCCAAGAAGCACUUUGUUCAGUGGUGCAUGGACAGGAACUUCUCAAAGCCUCAGGAUGGAGAUGUCAUAGCACCUGAGCUGACUCCUCUGAAACCCAGCUGGUGCACCAACAACGAAGGCGAGGACAGUGAUGGCUGCAGCUCCAAGGAAACAAACGUUCACAUGAAUGGAUUCAAGAAAGCUAAGACUCAGCUUAACUUUCAAUGAACGGAGAGAGACAGCUGCCCCUUGUUGCACAUGAGAAGUAAACAAAGAUGAGUUUUACAUAAGUAUAUUUUUAUACAAGUUGAGUUCGUUGAGGAGCCUAGCAAAUGGCUUUUUUUUUUAAUAAAACAGAAAUUAGAAGAGAAAGAUUUAGUGAAACAGUCCUAGACGAGGUUUGUUUCAGAAAAAUGAGGUUACAUUUAGCAAUAUACGUAUUUAUUUCAUUGUUUCUUUUAAUUGCUUUUGUUUAUUAAAUAUUCAUUAGGCAGUUUAAAGGACUUUUAUAAUUUUCAACACAGUAUCGUCAUCAAAUUUUACUCAGCCUUUAAUAACCACUGUCAUGGUCUGCUACAUUUAAAGAACCAGCUC